AUGUCUGUUCCAGUAUUAAAAGUAUCAUCAAGCUCUGGACUAUCGCAAGCUAGCAUAGACAAAUGCUUGUCGAUUGAGAGCAAAUUUGCCAAAGCGUUUGGUGCCAAGCCUGACUUCAUCUCUCGCUCUCCCGGUAGAGUCAACCUGAUCGGUGAACACAUCGAUUACUGUGACUUUUCAGUGUUGCCAAUGGCCAUUGACGUGGACAUGCUGUGUGCUGUCAAGGUGGUGAAGAGCUCCGGUAAGAUUUCUCUUUCGAAUGACGACUCCAGGUUCGGCAACAGGGACAUUGAGUUGCCCAAAGACGGCUCUUUCGUUGCAAUUGACCCUUCGGUGUCUGACUGGUCCAACUACUUCAAAUGUGGUUUACAUGUCGCACACUCGUAUUUGAAACAGGUCGCGCCUGAUAGAUUCGAAAAGGCUCCUUUGACAGGGUUGGAGGUCUUCUGCCAAGGUAACGUGCCAACAGGUGGUGGUCUAUCCUCUUCUGCCGCCUUUAUUUGUGCCACAGCGUUGGCAGUCGUCAGAGCAAACAUGGGUGCCGGCUACAGUAUGUCUCAACAAGAUCUAACAAAGAUUACUGUUGUCGCUGAGCAUUAUCUUGGUGUCAACAACGGUGGUAUGGAUCAAGCAGCUUCUGUCUGCGGUAAGGAUGACCAUGCCUUGUAUGUUGAGUUCAAGCCGGAAUUGAAGGCUACUGCGUUCAAAUUCCCAAAAUUGAAGUCGCAUGAGAUCAAAUUUGUUAUUGCUAAUACCUUGGUGGUUGCCAAUAAGUACGAAACUGCCCCAACAAACUACAAUUUGAGAGUUGUUGAAGUCACCAUUGCUGCAAAUGUUUUGGCAGCAAAGUACGGCGUUUCCCUGAAGAACCCUCACAAGAUUUCCGGAGACGAAGACACUGCUAAAGGUAACUUGAGAGAUUUCAUGAAUGCUUAUUUUGCCAAGUACCAAAAUGCCACAGCUCCUUGGGACGGUGGUAUCGAUACUGGUAUCGAAUACUUGACAGCAAUGUUGAAAUUGGUCGAAGAGACUUUGGGAUCAAAGCCUGAAGGUUUCACUGUUCAUGAAGCCGCAACUGCUCUAAACAUUUCUGAUGAAGAGUUUGCCAGGGAAUACUUAUCAAUCUUCCCUGUGAGAUUUGAUACUUUGAAACUUUACCAAAGAGCAAAACACGUUUACUCUGAAGCUUUGAGAGUGCUAAGAGCGUUGAGACUAAUGACCAGUUCAACUCAAUUCAGUUCUGACGAUGAGUUCUUUGAACAAUUUGGUGCUUUAAUGAAUGAAUCACAAGAAUCCUGUGACAAGUUGUACAACUGUUCUUGUCCAGAGACUGAUCAAAUCUGUACUAUUGCUCUAGCAAAUGGCGCUUUUGGUUCAAGACUUACUGGUGCCGGUUUCGGUGGUAGUACCGUGAGUCUUGUCCACGGUAGUGAUGUUGAGAAGGUUAAAAAAGCAUUGAUCGACAAAUUUUACAAAGUUAAAUAUCCAAACAUCACCAAGGAACAACUAGAUGAAGCAAUUAUUGUUUCUAAACCAACAGCAGGAAGUUGCCUGUACGAAUUAUGA